UACUGUGUUGAAAAACUUGGUACGAUCGAGGCGCUCGUUGUCCAACUGGCAUAUACAUAUAUACGUUCGCGGUAAAAAGAUACGUAUUGCGUGUCAGGCACGAUAGUUAAUCAAAAUGGCAUCUUAUUCGGAGGAUCAAUUAGCAGUUACCAAGAGCUAACAAACAGAAUGAUGUCAUCAAUUGAGGAAUUUCAAGAAGCAUUUCAACUAUUUGACAGUCGAGGAGAUGGGAAGAUUCAUGUAGCUCAGAUUGGUGAUGCAUUGCGUGCUCUAGGGCAAAAUCCAACUGAAUCAGAUGUCAAGAAAUUUACCCAUCAACACAAACCUGAUGAACGCAUUAGUUUUGAAGUGUUUCUACCAAUUUAUCAAGCUAUAAGUAAAUCUCGUACGUCUGAUACUGCUGAUGAUUUUAUAGAAGGGUUACGUCACUUUGACAAAGAUGGAAAUGGUUUCAUUUCUUCUGCUGAAUUGAGACAUCUUCUAACUACGUUGGGUGAAAAACUCAGUGAUGAAGAAGUUGAAACUUUACUGGCUGGUCAUGAAGAUUCACAGGGUAACAUUAAUUAUGAAGAUUUUGUUCGACAAGUGAUGUGUGGUUAAAUUUCCAUUUUAUUAGAUACAAAUAAUUACCAAUCAGAAAAAUUUGUAUCUGUCAUAAAAUAUUUUACAAGCAUUUAA